UAUCUCCCCUCUCUCUCUCUCUCUCUCUACUUUAGGAUUAGGUCUCUUAUCGUAAGUGUUGACCUUUUCAUAUAAUACUUGCAAGAUUUCUAUAGUUGACUCAUUCGAUGUGCGAGUGAUUGGAACACCCAUUGAACCGUUGGCUAGGCUUCUUUAAGUGCUUUCUUCGAUUAUGGUAGACUACUAAUAAAGAGAUUCUAUGGAUCUGAGUAGACAGGUUAACGACUAGAGCAGCAAAGCCUGGAUCUGUCUCGGGUCUCGUCGAACCACAUUCUCUUAACCUUACAACCUCAUAUUUUAAAAACGAGAUCGUAUCAAACCAAGGUUGAGAUAUAGGCACACCGUUACAAGAAACUCGAGGAGGAUCUUGGCUACAUAAAAAUGGAGGUGAGACGCAGCAAGAGCUACCAAAGCUUGGACAUGUCUGGAAAUAAUAUGGAAGAGCAGCCGAAGAGGCACAGCUCCCGUAUUCUGAAGCCAUGGGUGCUCCUACUCACCUGCUUUGUCUCGGUGCUGUUGGUGUUCCUCGUCGGAACCCAUAGGACGCCAUCCUGGGAACUGCUGCGGCCGGUUGGUGCAGUCGCUGGAAUAGGUCGGAAAAAUAGCUCGUCCGAGGCACCCAAUGACAGACUCCUUGGCGGCCUCUUGUCUCCUGAAUUCGAUGACAAGUCCUGCCUCAGUCGAUACCAGUCUAUGCUCUACCGCAAGGCAUCACCGCACGCUCCUUCGCCUCAUCUCGUCCGAAAGCUGCGAGAAUACGAAGCUCUCCACAAGAAAUGCGCUCCCAACACCGAUCUCUACAACAAGUCCAUAGAGCAGUUGAAGUCCGGCCGCAGCGACGGCCCCAUGGAGUGCAACUACGUGGUUUGGAUCCCGCACAAUGGCCUCGGCAACAGGGUGCUCACCAUCGUCUCCUCCUUCCUCUACGCUCUCCUCAACAACAAGGUUCUGCUGGUCCACAUCCCCAGCGACUUCACCGACCUUCUCUGCGAGCCCUUUCCGGGGACUUCGUGGGCUCUGCCUUCCGACUUCCCCGUCCACAACUUCCUCGAUUUCGACACAGGGACUCCUCAGAGCUACGGCAACAUGCUCCGCGAUAAGGUCAUCGACGACGAGAUGCUCUCAGGUUCUUCCAAUGCUACGUUGCCGGCUUACGUCUACCUCCACCUGCCCUGGUACUACGACCAAUGGGAUAAGCUGUUCUUCUGCGGCGACGCGCAGCGGAUGCUUCGGAGGAUCCCUUGGCUGCUGCUGAAAUCAGACCACUACUUCGUGCCGUCCCUGUUUCUGCUGCAGGAGUACGAGGAGGAGUUGCGGCAGCUUUUCCCGGAGAGAGCGACCACGUUCCACCACCUCGUUCGGUAUCUUGUGCACCCGACCAACGCCGUGUGGGACUACGUCACCAAGUAUUACCGUGCUCAUCUUGCUGCGGCUGAUGAGACGUUGGGCAUCCAGAUCCGAGUCUUCCACAACUUCCCCGUUCCGUUCGAGUCGAUGCUGCGUCAGGUCAUUAACUGCUCGCUCAGUGAAGGCAUUCUGCCUGCGGUGAACUUUCAGGAGUGGGCGGCACCAGCUUCGAAGACCGACACGAAGGUGAAGGCCGUCCUGGUCGCUAGCUUGUUUUCCGGAUACGCCGAGAGGAUCCGAGACAUGUACGCCAAACAUCCCACGACGACCGGCGAGGUGGUCAGGGUGCACCAGCCGAGCCACGAGGAGCAGCAGCACACGGAACAACGAGGCCACAACAUCAAGGCGUUGGCAGAGGUGGAGCUUCUGAGCUUCAGCGACGCCCUGAUCACCAGCGCGUGGUCGACGUUCGGGUACGUGGCGCAGGGUCUCGGUGGCUUGCAGCCGUGGAUCCUGCUCCGGCACACGCAGUCGGACCUCCCAUGCCGCCAGGCUAUGUCGUCGGAGCCAUGUUAUCUCAUGCCUCCCCCUUUCCCUUUCCCUUCCUCCCAUUGCUCCAAGGAUCAUGGCGACGCCGGCGAAGCCGCUGCGGCCACGCAGUAUGUGAGGCAGUGCGAAGAUGAACUCGGAGGCAUCAAGGUUUUCGACUAGCUUUGGCCGUGGA